AUGGGAUCAGCAGGGUUAAUUGGAUUGAUGCUGAUGUUGGUGGCAUCGGCUUCGGUUGCUUUAGCGCAAGUCUCAAACUCGUCAGUUCCACCACCAGUCGAAGAUGACACGAUUUGUAAUGAUGAUGGGUUGCUUCUGAAGGUUUGGCAGCCGCAAUAUGGAAUUACGAUAGGCGAUCGCUUUGCACGAGGUGCUGCUUACUUUUUUGCGCUUUGUUAUCUCUUCAUCGGUGUAUCGAUUGUGUCAGAUCGAUUUAUGGCAGCCAUUGAAGUCAUCACAUCGAAAGAAAAGGAAGUUAAAGUGAAGAAGCCAAACGGUGAAGUUCAAAUUGUCAUUGUGCGCGUUUGGAAUGAAACUGUUGCCAAUUUAACAUUGAUGGCACUUGGUUCAAGUGCACCAGAAAUUCUCUUGUCGGUGAUUGAAAUGUUUGCGAAGAAGUUCAAAGCUGGUGAGCUUGGACCGGGUACAAUUGUUGGUUCAGCGGCCUACAACUUGUUCGUCAUCAUCGCCAUUUGUGUUCUCGUGAUUCCAAAGGGUGAAGUGAGAAAAAUUAAGCAUCUGCGAGUCUUCUUCGUGACAGCUACAUGGUCAGUUUUCGCCUACGUUUGGCUUUAUUUAAUUCUCGAUGUCAUUUCACCAAACGUUGUCAAUAUUUGGGAAGGUGUCGUCACUUUCUUAUUCUUCCCUGCAACUGUUGGAACUGCUUACAUCGCUGAUCGACGUCUUCUCAUCUACAAAUAUAUUAAUAAACGCUAUCGCAUGAAUAAACGCGGUGUCAUGGUUCAAACUGAACAAUCCGAGCAAACACUCGAAAUGAACAAUCAUCAUGAUGAUAAUUUUAAAGCAUUGGAAGAUGGAAUCAUUACUGAAGAUGUUCGAGAUUUUGAAGAUGCUCGUCGUGAUUACAUUACAACCCUUAAGGAAUUGCGCAAAAAGUAUCCUCAACAUGAUUUAGAGCAACUUGAGAUUAUGGCACAUGAACAGAUAAUGAACAAAGGUCCGAAGUCUCGUGCUUUUUAUCGGAUUCAAGCGACAAGAAAAAUGAUGGGCAGUGGCAACAUUAUGCGAAAGAUAUCAGAACGCGCCCAAAGUGACUUGAGUGAAGUCAAAGCAGAACUUCAACGUGUUGAUAUCAUCGAAACGACCGAUGAUGGUAAUGCAUGCAAAGUUUAUUUCGAACCAGGUCAUUACACAGUCAUGGAAAGUUGUGGGGAUUUCGAGUUGCGUGUUGUUCGACGUGGUGAUUUGUCAUCGUUGGUGACAGUUGAUUUUGAAACAGAAGAUGGUUCUGCUGAAGCGGGAAGUGAUUACAUUGGCAAAAAGGGCACGCUUUCUUUCCCACCUGGCGUCGAUGAACAACGUUUCCGUUUAGAAGUCAUUGAUGACGAUGUCUUUGAACAAGAUGAACAUUUCUAUGUUCGAUUAAGCAACAUAAGUGACAAUGCAACACUUUGCACACCUAAAGUCGCUACUGUCAUGAUUCUUGAUGAUGACCACGGUGGCAUCUUUGCAUUUGCUUCCAAAGAUCAUGAACUUGUUGAAUCGAUUGGUGCAUACGAGUUGAAAGUUCAACGUUAUUCGGGCGCGCGCGGUAAAGUUGUUGUACCGUAUUGGACCGAGGAUGGUACGGCCAAGUCUGGAAAGGAUUAUGAUUCAAUGCGAGGAGAAUUGAUAUUUGAAAAUAAUGAAAUCGAGUGA